UCCGAAAAUAGUGGAUUAAGUGCUUGAAAGGGGACUUUUAUUAAUCCAUUACAUUACAUUGCAUUUAGCUGACACUUUUAUCCAAAGCGAUUUACAAUCCCUGUGGGGAAAUUCAGUAGGCAACAGGGUAAGGGUGAAAAACAGGACAGCACAGAUUCACACAGGUUCAUCAAAUCAAAAAUAAAAUCGAAGAUAAAAAUAAAAAUAAUGAAAAACUAUUAAAUAAGAAAUUAAUAAAAAUAAUAAUAAAAAAGGGGUAGACCUAUGUAAAAUACUUUUUUCUUUUAAAAGGGGGGGAUUGAAAGGGGCUCUUUAUGUACCAAGGGGCUUGAAAGGGGCAUAUCAAAUUAUUUCAGAAAAAAAAACCCAAAAAAUGCAGAAAGGUUUGUGGGGAGUCUACGAGUACCUAACAUUCAUGUUGACAAAAAUCUAUAAUUUGUCUGCAAGAACAGGAGUCUGAACAACAGCCUGAACAUGCUGAAACGAGCCCUCAGAAAGUCCCAGAGUGUGAGCAGAACGAUGGCCCCCCCAGUCACGAGAAAGUCUCUGCUAAAAGGCCAUGUUCCGUUAUCUCACCAAUGGCUGGUCCAUCUAAAAAGGCCAAGAGUGACAUCGCCCUGACACCCAAGAGGAAAAGAACAUUCAUUGAGACUUGGAAAACCCAGUUUCCAUGGGUAAGAUGUGUGGACGACAUCAUGUUCUGUGAGGUCUGCAGAGAAUAUCCAUCCAUUGCUGACCACAGCAGUAAACUGUACGAGGGUGUCACAGGGUCAAAACGCAUUGAGACACUUCAGUCACACGAAUCCAGCAAAUAUCACCUUCUCUGCAUUCAAAGGAAAGAGGUCACAGAGAAAGGCACAGGGCCAAUGUUUGUGGCUCUCAAGAAGCAGGCAGAAAAUAUGGACGACCAACUGAAACCCAUGUUCAACACUGCGUUUUAUGUCGCCAAACAAAAGUUGCCUUUCCGUUCAUUUGAGGGCCUCAUCGAACUUCAAGAGAAGAAUGGCAUUAAAAUGCCUACACAGUACCGGAACGAUAAGGGGUGCAAGGCAUUUGUGCAGGCCAUUGCAGAAGUCGAGAAGGACAGAGUUUCUGAAGACCUCAAGGCUUCAAGAUUCUUCGCUCUGAUGGGAGAUGGAUCCACGGAUAUAUCUGUGACAGAACAGGAGAAUGUAUAUGUUAGGUAUGUCAAAGAUGGACUUCCAGCGACAGAGUUCAUUGACAUCAUGGCUGUAAAGUCAGCUGAUGCUAAUGGUGUUCUGGCAGCUCUCCUCGAGGCACUACAUCAUGUCGACCUAACAGAUGGAGACAUAAAGAAGAAAAUAAUAGGCUGCACAUUUGAUGGUGCCAGCGUUAACCAAGGUGCCAAGGGAGGAGUUAUUGUGAAGUUGCGGGAAUUGUUGGGGCAUGUGCUCAUUUCGAUUUGGUGUGCUCCACAUAAGCUGGAGCUGUCGCUCCUAGAUGCCACCAAAGCCACUGACUUCAUUGACAUCGUAGAGAAAGGAGUGGACCCCAUCUACAGAUUCUACUAUGGAUCUGGUAAACGUAGGAGGGAGGUGAACGCCAUAUCAGCCGUUAUAGACGAGGAUCCUGUCUAUUUCUCAGCACCCUGUGGCACUAGGUGGAUGGCGUCAAGACUCCGGGCAUACAAGGCUGUAAUAAAAAAUUACAACUCCGUCAUCCUACACAUGGAAGAGGCUUCAAACAGAAAAACAGACGAAGGAGCUAAGUGUGUGGGGUACUUGAAGGUACUGAAGUCUGCAAAGUUUGUUGAUGGGCUCCACUUUAUGGUAGAUGUCUUGGAAGUGUUGGCCAACGUGAGUCUGGCAUUCCAGAGUAAUGAUCUGUUCAUUUAUGAUGUUGAUGUAAAGUUGUGUGAGGCCAGGAUCAAGUUGGAAGGCCUUAAGCAUAAUAGAGGUGAUGUCUACACUGCCUACAUGGCAACCUGCAAGGAUGGCAAGUUUGACAGUAAGAGCAAUGGACACAUCACUUCACUGAAAGGAACAGGUAUUCCAGAAACAGUGAAGAAUUCCUUCUUGGAGAAUUGUGUGAAGUUCCUAGAGAAGAGAUUUUCCUUCCUGAAGGAUACCCCUUUCAGUGAUUUCCAUGUUCUUGACCCCAGGAACGUCCCAAGAUCAGACGCACAACUAGCUACAUAUGGUGAUGUUCAGGUUAUGAACAUGGUGACCCACUUCAAGUCCGUUCUCAGUGAGGAGGAGGUAAUAAUAAUAAUAAUAAUAAUUUCAAUUUAUAUAGCGCCUUUCACGAAACCCAAGGACGCUUUACAAUGGGAAGUAACAAAACAAAAAGUAAUAAUAAAGAGACAUAGGCUGAAGAAAACAAAAACAGGAACAGGUUGCUGAGUACUGUAUAUUAGUUGAGGCCAAAGGCCUGAGUGAACAGAUGGUAACCAACAUCCCUAGACAGUGGCCAGCUCUCAAGGCCAGACUGAAGUACAGGCAGAGGCAGCCCGCCAAGGAGGUCAUAAGUGACCUUCUCACUGAGAACCACCCAGAUGUGAAGGACGUCCUGGUUCUGGUGUACAUGAUGGUCACCCUUUCUCCCUCCUCUGCUGCCGUGGAGCGUGGAUUUUCCCUCAUGAACCUCAUAAAAACAUCCAGAAAAUCCCAGAUGACCAAUGAAACUCUGGGGUCACUCAUGAGGGUCAGCCACAUCACCACCACAGUGGCAGAGUUUGACCCAGAGCCAGCCAUCCAGAAAUGGAAAACAUCUGCUAAGACCAAGAGGUAUGUCAAAGCUGCCCCAAAGCCUGCUGCAGUGAACAGCAACUUACCUGUGCCUGUUGCCCCAUAGCUCGGUGUGAGGAGAACCACUGGAGUGCUGCCCCACAGUUCGGGAGACAGCUGCAGUGAACAACCACCCUGAGCCUGAAGCCAUACCUUUCUGCUAGCAUGUCUACUAGUCCCACAGAGGAGAAAACAUUAUAUUGUUAGUACUUAGUUGUUUUAUCUUAUUAUUUUAUAUCUGUCAUUCAUUUGAUGUGCCUUGAUGGUAGAAGUUCAGAAACCAGACACUGUGAACAAUAUGAACAAAUAAACAAUAAAAUGUUUCCUACAGUAACCUAGAUUCUUGUGUGCUUUAUGUUGAUAUGUAAUCAUAUUUAAAAUAGGUGCAGCAAUGCAUGCACAAAGUAUAGAUAUGGACAAGUGAAAAAUGUAUUCGGACAAGCACAUUUCCAAACUCACUUGUCCAUGGACAAGUACUCUCUAAAAACUUU